ACUGUAAUUGCAAUCACUACGUUUAAACCGGAGAGUUGUUCUAUAUGCACGUGUUUUUGCGGCAUUUCAUGCAAGUGUAAAAAUAUUAAAGUAUUUUAUAUAUAAAACAGUACUUAUAAAUGGCACCUCCUGGUUUUUCUCCACGAGGAGGUAGAGGCGGUGGAUUCCGUGGCCGAGGUGGUGAUCGUGGCGGCGGUGGUGGUGGAUUCAGAGGUGGCCGAGGUGGUGAUCGUGGUGGUGGUGGAUUCAGAGGCGGCCGUGGAGGUGGUGGAGGAUUUGGCAGGGGAGGUAGAGGAGGUGGUGGUGACCGGGGAGGAUUCAGAGGCAGCCGUGGAGGAGGAGGAGGAUUUGGUAGGGGAGGUAGAGGCGGCGGUGGCGGACGAGGUGGUCGUGGAGGAGGCGGAGGACGAGGUGGCAAGAAAACUGUUGUUGAACCUCAUAGGCAUGAAGGUGUCUUCAUUGCUCGAGGAAUGCAAGAUACUUUACUUACCCUGAAUUUAGUUCCUGGUGAUUCAGUAUAUAAUGAGAAAAGAGUUACAGUUGAAGAAAAUGGUGAAAAAAUUGAAUAUAGGGCUUGGAAUCCUUUCCGUUCAAAAUUGGCUGCUGCCAUCAUGGGAGGCAUUGGCAAUAUCUACAUGAAAAGAGGUUCUCGAGUUUUAUACCUUGGUGCAGCAUCUGGUACCACUGUAUCUCAUGUGUCUGAUCUUGUUGGGCCCGAAGGGAUUGUUUAUGCUGUGGAGUUCUCACAUCGAUCAGGAAGAGACCUUUUGACUGUUGCUCAGAAGAGGACCAACAUUGUACCCAUAAUUGAAGAUGCCAGAUUACCACAUAAAUAUAGAAUGAUUGUUGGCAUGGUUGAUGUAAUUUUCUCCGAUGUUGCUCAACCUGAUCAAGCAAGAAUCCUUGCACUGAAUGCUCAGUCAUAUUUGAAAGAUGAAGGUCAUUAUAUUAUUUCCAUAAAAGCCAAUUGCAUCGAUUCCACUGCAAGUCCUGAAGCUGUAGUUGCAAAUGAAAUCGAAAAGCUUCGCAAUGAUAAGUUAAAACCAUUGGAAUCAUUAACUUUAGAACCUUAUGAAAGAGAUCAUACUGUUAUUGUUGGCAUUUUCAGACCACGCAACAAAGAUGAUAGUGUUAUGGAAACAGGUGAAUAACUGUAUGCAUUUUUAAUUUUUGUCAUUUUUUUUUAAUAAAAAAAUUGUUUAAAA